GAACGAGUGGCCGCGGGCUCGGAAGCCUCUGGACGCCGCCGGCGCUGGACCUGCGAUCCUGCUCCGUCCGGAACCCCGGGAAGACGUGAGUGCGCGGCGGGGCUGGAAGCGGAGCAUCCCGUAAAGACACGAGAAGAAGUAUCAUGUCUCAGGAAGGUGAUUAUGGGAGAUGGACGAUAUCCAGUAGUGAUGAAAGUGAGGAGGAGAAGCCCAAACCGGACAAGCCGUCUACCUCUCUCCUCCAUGCUGGGCAGGAAGCAGCCUGUGAGCCAAGGUACACCUGUUCCGAGGCUCGGAAAGCCGCCCACAGGAGGAAGAUGUCACCCCUGAAAUUCAGCAGCACAGAUGGGGUUUCAGAAGCUUCACCUCCCAAGAAGCAGAAGAGUGGUUCCCAGGAAGACCUGGGCUGGUGUCUCUCCAGCAGUGACGAUGAGCUGCCACCAGAGACGCAGCUGACGGCGCCUGAGAAAGUGGCCCUCAAAGAGGAGAAAGGCGUCUCCCCUCCCACACAAAGUGCUGCCCCAAGGGCUGGAAGUCAUGGCCCUCCUGCCCGCCCCACGCUCACAGAGGACGAAGACGAGUACGAAACGUCCGGGGAAGGCCAGGACAUUUGGGACAUGCUGGAUAAAGGGAACCCCUUCCAAUUCUACCUCACUAGAGUCUCAGGAAUUAAGCCAAAGUAUAACUCUGGAGCCCUCCACAUCAAGGAUAUUUUAUCUCCUCUAUUUGGGACACUUGUAUCUUCAGCACAGUUUAACUACUGUUUUGACGUGGACUGGCUCGUAAGACAGUAUCCACGAGAGUUCAGGAAGAAGCCGAUCCUGCUGGUGCAUGGCGACAAGCGAGAAGCUAAGGCUCGCCUGCACGCCGAGGCCAAGCCUUAUCAGAACAUUUCCCUCUGCCAGGUAAGCUGGUUAUUGCCAUUACGCUUGGUCUGA